AUGGAAAGGAAGCAAUGCAUUGAAGCAAUCCAGUCUUGCAAAUCCCUCCCAGCGCUACGAGAAAUCCACUCGCGAGCAGCAACUGUCUUGCCAAGGAUCAAGGACGAUUACUUCAUCCUCAACAAUCUCAUCGAAAUGUAUGGCAAGUGUGGCAGCGCCACCGAAGCUCGCAAGGUCUUCGAUGGAAUCUACGUCAAGAACUCCUUCUCCUGGACGCUCAUGCUCUCGGCCUACUGCCGCAACGGGCAUCUGGAAGAUGCGAAAACAAUACUUCUCAAGAUGCCAGCCUCCGCUAAAACGCCCGUUUCCAUGACUUCUAUGAUCGCAGCACUUGCAAACUCGGGGAAUCUGGAAGAUGCGCGACGAAUGUUUAAUGCCAUGCCCGAUCAUGAUCUAAUCUCUUGGACUACCAUGCUUGACGCAUAUGCCCAGAACGGGCAUCUUGAAGACGUCAAGCAAUUCUACGCAUCUAUGCCUUGUCGGGACCUUGUCUCCUCUAACGCAAUGCUGUCGGCAUAUACACGCCAUGGGCAUCUCGACGAUGCGAAGGUCCUGUUCGAUUCUAUCGUAGGGCCGAAUCUAGUAGCGUGGAACACGAUGCUGUCUACGUAUGCCCAACAAGGGCAUUUGCGGGAAGCGCGGGAACUGUUUGACGCGAUGCCGUUGAGAGACGCAGUGAGCUGGACGGCCAUGAUUGAUGCGUACGGUCAUCACGGUGAUUUCUGUGAAGCGAGGAGAUUGUUUCGCGAGCUACCGGAAGAUAACCUUGUGUCUUGGAAUGCGAUAAUGUCCGCAUUUGCCAUUAGGGGGCAUUUGCGGGAAGCGCAAGGAUUGUUUGAUUCGAUGCCUCAAAGAGAUCUCAUUAGCUGGGUCGCGCUUGUUUACGGCUAUGCCAUUGCCGCAGAGACAUCGAUUGCGAAAUCAUUGUUCGAUCGAAUGCCGUGUUGGAACUUGGUGGCGAUGAACGCCCUCCUUUCGGGGUUUGCCCAAUUGGGCCAAAUGGAGUCCGCCAAGAAUGCAUUUGAUGAGAUGCCGGGGAGAGAUGUAAUUACCUGGAACAUCAUUCUAGGAGGUUAUGCCCAGAACGGGUAUUUCCAGGAAGCUCGGAUUGUGCUCCAGGCAAUGCCACAGCACGGGAUUGUGUCGAUCAACACAAUGAUCUCGGCAUAUGCCCAGACUGGAGACGUCGCUCGAUCAAAGUCGCUGUUUGAUGAACUCCCGCAGAGGAAUCUCGUUUCCUGGAACGCGGUUCUGGCCGCGUAUGCCCAAUCUGGUAGAGUUUCUGAGGCUGAGAAGACAUUCCAGGCGAUGCCACAGAGAGAUCCUCUCUCGUGGACUGCGAUGAUCACAGCCUAUGCCUUGGCUGGGAAUUGUGAGCGAUCGCAGCAAAUGUUUGAUGAAUGCCCUCACAAGGACACUGUUUGUUACAACGCGCUUCUCUCGGCAUACGCUCAAUGCGAGAGACUCGAAGAAGCAAAACUCGUUUUUGACUCAAUGCCGCACAGAAAUACCGUCUGUUGGAACGCAAUGCUUGCUGCGUAUGCCCAGGUAGGGCAUCUGGACGAGGCGGAGCACAUUUUCGAAAACAUGCCGGUGAGGGAUCUCGUCUCCUACAACACAAUGCUCUCCGCGUAUUCCCAGAACCGGCACGUCGUACAGGCGGUGGCAAUGUUUUAUAGCCUUCCGCUUCGGAACGAGCAUUCCUGGAAUGCAUAUGUCGCAGCAUUUGCACGAGUUGGAGACAUUGAAAGAGCAAAAAGUGCUUUCGAUCAGAUACCAGAGCAGGACCAAAUCUCAUGGAGCGUCUUGCUUGCGGCUCAAGCCCACUUUGGAGACUCAACACUUGCAAUUGCAACUUUUGAUGAGAUGAGAGUAUCAGUCGCACCUGAGGAAGCUUGUUUUGCUCUUGUACUCACCUCUUGCAGCAGGAAGGGCAAGCUUUACAAUGGGCGCUGCUGCUUCACGUCCAUGAGGUAUGAUUUCGGGGUCUCUCCGUCGCGGCCUCACUACUGCUGCAUGAUUGAUCUUCUUGCCCGGUCUGGGCAUUUGGAGGACUGUGAGAAACUCAUUCUUACAAUGCCCUUUGAGCCCCAGGUUCUGGAGUGGAUUGCCUUGCUUAGUGCUUGUUCGUCUCACGGUGACAAUGAAAGAGGAGCUAGGGCCGCAAAGAGCUUGACGCGAUUCCAGCAUGGAGCGGCUUAUGUGCUCCUAGCGAAUGCCAAUAUCCCAAAGCUCACCGGCACUAAAUGA